CGCACCCAUCCACCUCCAAAGUCCAAAAGCGGAACCCACGCCUGCCGCAACGGCGAAACCGUCGGAACCCUAGAUCUCUCUCGCCCGCGCUCCGAAACCCCAGAUCCGCCAUGCACCAGCCUAGAGCUCGCUACCCACCCGGCUAUGGCUCCGGCGGUGGAGGCGGAGCCGGACGUGGCGGUGGAGGCGGAAAUGGAGGAGGUGGCGGAAACCACAACUACUACGGCCGAAACCCGCAGCAACACCACUACCACCAGCAGCAGCAGUCGCAGCACUCUCAUAGGAACUCUUCGUACCAGCAACAGUGGCUGCGGCGAGACCAGGCCCCCGCCGUUGCGGGGGCAGCGUCCGGAAACGCUGUGGCCAAGACGGCGUCUCAGCUUGACGCCGUAGGCUCGAGCUCCCAAGACUGGAAGGCUCAACUAAAUAUACCAGCUCCAGAUACACGCUACAGGACAGAGGAUGUCACUGCAACAAAAGGCAAUGAGUUUGAAGAUUAUUUCUUGAAACGUGAACUGCUUAUGGGAAUCUACGAAAAGGGAUUUGAAAGACCAUCUCCUAUUCAAGAAGAAAGCAUUCCUAUUGCGCUGACUGGAAGUGAUAUUCUUGCAAGGGCAAAAAAUGGCACUGGAAAGACUGCUGCCUUUUGCAUUCCGGCACUUGAAAAAAUUGAUCCUGAAAAAAAUGCUAUUCAAGUUGUUAUACUAGUACCAACAAGGGAACUGGCUCUGCAAACUUCGCAAGUCUGUAAAGAGCUCGGGAAGUACCUUAACAUUCAAGUUAUGGUUAGCACUGGAGGAACUAGCUUGAAGGAUGACAUCAUGCGUUUAUACCAACCUGUUCAUUUACUUGUUGGGACUCCUGGCCGAAUACUUGAUCUUACCAGGAAGGGCAUUUGUGUGUUGAAAGACUGUUCAAUGCUUGUCAUGGAUGAGGCAGACAAGCUAUUAGCUCCAGAGUUCCAGCCUUCUGUGGAGGCACUUAUUCAUUUCCUUCCACCUAGUCGGCAGCUGUUGAUGUUUUCAGCAACCUUUCCUGUAACUGUCAAGGAAUUCAAAGAUAAAUAUCUGCCUAGACCUUAUGUGAUUAAUCUAAUGGAUGAACUGACCCUGAAAGGAAUCACACAAUAUUAUGCUUUUGUCGAAGAAAGGCAAAAAGUUCAUUGCCUGAAUACACUUUUCUCAAAGCUUCAAAUUAAUCAAUCCAUUAUAUUCUGCAACUCUGUUAAUAGAGUUGAGCUACUGGCUAAGAAAAUAACUGAACUCGGUUAUUCAUGCUUCUACAUUCAUGCUAAGAUGUUGCAAGACCACAGAAACCGAGUGUUUCAUGAUUUUCGUAAUGGUGCUUGCAGAAACCUUGUGUGCACAGAUCUGUUUACCAGAGGAAUUGAUAUCCAGGCUGUUAAUGUGGUCAUUAAUUUUGACUUCCCUAAGACAUCUGAGACAUACUUACACAGGGUUGGCCGUUCUGGGAGAUAUGGACACCUUGGUUUGGCAGUGAACUUGAUCACUUAUGAAGACCGUUUCAACUUAUAUAGGAUUGAGCAAGAACUUGGAACGGAAAUUAAGACAAUACCCCCACAGAUUGACCUGUCCAUAUACUGCCAAUGAUAUGUGACAGUUUCAAUGAGCAUCGGACACAUUUUAUUUAUUUUGAGAACAUCUGUACAUAGCAACCCAUCAAGUGAGUUCUCCAACUAAGGCGCAACUAUUUCAGAAGCUACCUAAAUGGCUACAUUCCUUUGUCGUCACACAUCAAUUUCUCCCCCAUUCUCGUCGGGUUUUGUUUUAAUGCCUUGAUGUCGUUUGUAAGCUUACUUGGAUUAGUAGAGGAAGUGUUUCCUGUAGGCUCUGAUCUGGUACUAACCUGUUUAGCUGAGGACAUGCACAUUGGGUGGGCUGCUUGGGGCCCAAAACUAUGAUGAGAUGAGACAUUAUCUUACCUCGCUUGACAUUUUCAAUUUACCUGUUUGCC